AUGCAUUUGAAAGCGAUUUUUUUGACUUCUAUUCUAUAUUCAAUUUAUUAUGUUAACGGAAAAGUGAUUCGGAAAUUCAUCGAUUUGCUUGAUAAGGAUGCUCCGACGCCGUUGAAAUUGGCUCCGAAUUAUAACGAGGAGAGUAUUUCGUAUAAACGAAAUAAGAAAUUCGAUCCGUGCGUUCAGAAUCCGAAAAUUUGCGGCAGUAAUGGGAAAUGCUUGUCGAAAGACGGAAACUUUUAUUGCAUUUGCGCUCCAACGCACUACGGGAAAACUUGCGAGCACAUUGCGGAUCAAACGAAUUGCCAAUCGAAUAUAUGCGAGAACAAUUCGACAUGCGUCAGUUCAGAGACACAUCGGACCAUCAUGAAUACCACACUGAUACAGCUGCUGAGAGCUUCUAAGCCUGAUUUUGAGCCGCUGAGCAUUUCCGAACUUGCUAGUGCUGAAAUUGUCAUCAACUAUGAGUGUAUCUGCCAGCCAGGAUUUGUUGGCGAGAUUUGUGAGAUAUCAGAAGCGCAGAGAAGUUGCGAAGAAGAUUAUUGUCUGAAUCGUGGGCGUGGCGUACUUGAAGAAAACAAAUGUGUGUGCAAAUGCGAAAAACAAUUUUUCGGGAAUCGCUGCGAACAAGUUUCGGCAUGUUAUGAAACGAAAUGCGAGAAUGGUGGAGUUUGUGAAGACGAAAUUGAUAUGAAGGCGAAAACAAUUUCGGCGAAAUGCGUGUGCCCCAAAAAAAUAAAAAAUGUGGACGCUGUCAUCGAAGGCGAAUUUUGCGAGAAAGUCAAAAUUAUCGGAGAAAAUAAAAAUUUGCCGUGCGCUCCUGGUGGAAACGCGUUCGAAAUGAUGUCGGCGAUGAUGGAAAAGUUGCCGAAUUUGUUGGAGACUGAAGCCGAAACAAAGGAGCUUCGUGAAAUCCAGAACAAUUACAAUGACGGGACAAAUAAACCCAAGAAAAUGACAAACGGAUGGUGUGAGAAUGGUGGAAAAUGUGUUCCGCAAGUGGUUAAAAUAGCCUCAAAGGAGUUUUAUUAUCUGCCGACGUGCACAUGCACUGAUCCUUUGACAGAGGGCUAUUAUUGUGAGUAUAAGCGUAAAGAUGCGUGCGAUUUAACGUUGGAAGAAAUCGCGCGCGGUGUUCGACUCGAUGAAAAAUGCACGGAUAUUGCUCACGGAGCAUGCGUCGAUAUUCUAGGAACCGCGCAUUGCGUGUGCAAGCCCGACUAUACCGGAGCAAACUGCGAGAAUUUCGAUCCGUGUGCUCGGAAGCCGUGCAAACACGGAAAUUGUAUUGCGCUCUCCGAAUCCUCUUCGCCUGGUGGUGCCCGUUAUCAAUGCCUCUGUCCAUUGUCAGCAAAGUUGGAGCAUGGAACUGAUUGCGUCAACAUUGAAGAAGGCGUUUGUAAGAAAGGAAUCUGCGGACAUGGACGGUGUAUGCCGUGCGAUGCGCCGAAAGACGACGAUAUGCUGCCGAUUUGCAAUCAGGCGGAAAUCAAGAGAGGAUACAGAUGCCUUUGUGAGGCCGGCUUUGUUCCGCCGUUCUGUCGCGCCCACUCGAAUCCCUGCUAUCAGAAUUUGUGUCAGAAUAGUGCGAAAUGUGUGCCGAAUCAAUAUAAAUCCUAUGACUGUCAAUGUCUUAAUGGAACCAGCGGCACGAUUUGUGAGAAUAUUGACGAUGCUUGUGAAGCAUUUGGGCAUAGUGUUUGCCAAAAUGGCGAAUGCAUCAACGACUAUUAUUGGAGAAGAGGAUUCUCUUGUGAUUGCCUUGUUGGGUAUGAAGGCUUGAACUGUGAGAUCAGCCUCCCACUGAUGGCAACUGGAUGGCGUCUGGUGACCAGACAUUAUCAAUUCACAAUGCCUGUUGCUUUCUGUGCAUUGAGUUUAAUCUUGCUUUUCAUUUUCUCAACACGAACAGCGAACAGGCAGAAGGAAUUGUAA